AUGUGGUCACGAAAUCUUUUAAUUGCUUCUGUAGUUGUCUUUUUGGCAACAACAAUUUCAACUGCUCCUGUGGAAGAGAAAGAGCCGGAGGAGAUAGAGGUAGAGGACGGUGAAGAGGAACUCUCAGAAGAGGAGGAGGAUGAUGAUGACUCCAAGAGUCAGGAAAAGAAUAUGGGAAUUGGAGCACAGCAAGCUACCACAGUAUCUAAAGGCCUGGGUGUAAGCGCUCAGCCUGGCACCUCGUUCCAGGGCGAAGCUGCGAAUGGACAUAAACUCAAUGGGGAUAGUGCCAUGCAAGCUGGGCCUGACCGUGAGUCAGGUAAUGGUGGUGGUGGAGGAGGAGGGGGUGGUGGAGGAGGAGGAGGAGGAGGAGAUUCACAUACUUCACCCUCUGACCCCAGCUCCCAUGAUGCUUCUUUGCCAGGACAUGCAGGUUCCUCUUUAGAUACCAGUAUUGCAGGUCCCAGUUUGGAUCCGAGUCAAACAGGUGCAGGGGGUCAUGGCAGUUCAGUGUCACACGUGCAAGCCCCAGGAACAGGGGUUGUCCACCCAGGAACAGGGGUUGUCCACUCAGAUACAAUCUCUCACGGCUCAAUGGGACAAGCAGGAGGGAGCUCCACUCUCAUCAUUAUCCAUGAGGCUCAUCCACAGCCUGCAGGUGGCAGCAUUCAUACAUUUGAUGCUGCUGGCUAUCAGACUGAGGCUCCAACAAGUGAGACUGAAAUAGAGUCGCCUGAGUAUGACACACCUGAGUCACCUGAGUUUAAUGGUAAUGGUCACAAGCUGCUGAUUGGAGGAGCAGUAGAAAAUGGACAUGCAGCUACACCUGUAGUCACUGACCUCUUCAUCGAGGACACAACUCACAUGGAUCCCACAGGUGCUAUGGAUCCACUUGGUGCAAGUUCUCACCUGGACAAUACAGGUAUUAUCGACCAAUCCAGCCAUGACUUCCUCAUUGGUUUAAUGGGUGGUGUGGGGGAUCCGUAUGCUUCUGACAUCCAUAUCGACAUCUCAGAUCACACUGGAAUGACUUCUCAAUUAGACUUAAUAGCUGUGGGUUCAGGUCCAGGACCGGCAUUGUCGUCCAGUAGCAGCCCGGGUCCAGACGUUCCACCAGGUCUUGGAGAUCACAUAGGUCUAAUAAGUGAUUUUACAGGACUUACUGACUACUCAGGGCCUGACCAUCCAUAUCUGAGCUCAGGUUUCGAUGGAUCUCACCACUCAGCAGGUGAUCAUGCUGGUCUAUCCGAUACUACAGACCACCCAGUAGCAGUGAUGUCACAUACUGAUUAUUCAUCAUCGCACAUUGACCACCCAGGGAAUGGUCGUCAAAGCCAGGUUACAGACACACAUGGAGGUGAUCAUGCGGUCAAUGAUGUGCAUCAUGAUGUAACAGAUCCAUCUGGGCAGCAUAUUGUGUCUACAGACGUAGGCCUACUAGAUGCUGGUGAGCACGGCGUCGUCUCUCACCACGACGACAUGGGAACUGUUACAGACGGGGUCGCUGUUCAGCAUCAUGAUGACGUUCACACCGUCAGCCCUCAAACAGACACCACAGCCCUUGGGGUGAACGUGUACAGCGCCAGUGCACCAGGGACGCCCGAUUCUGUGCUUGGAUUUGGACAUGACACUACAGUUGUUGCAGAAGCACACAGUGUCUUCAUUCAGACCGAUUCCCCAGUCACAGCUGAUGCACAAGGAUCCACUCUACAGGCUUCCAGUCAUCCUGGUGUAACAGAACAGACACAGCCUGCUGUUUCCGCAGCUGAACAGUACAACCCAUCUGGUCAGGGUCCUGAAGGUGCAGAAAAUGUGGAACUGGAGGAUACCUGCUGA